CAUCACGCGUGUUGAUGCUCUAACAAUCCAAAUUUUGGUGGUCCUUCCUUUGAUAGUCUCAACUCAAGUCUCUCAUUCUGUCAACUCUCAAGUUGUUAAUUGUGACUCUCAACUCCUAACGUAAAAAAGUGAUCCAGAGAACAAAAAUGAGUAAUUCUGAGCUCAGCGCAAUGCUUUGUAUCGGCCUGUUAGCUGCCGGUCUUGCUAUUGCCGCUGAGUGCGCAAAGACUAAGACAAAAGAAUUGACCAUUACCCAGUCAGGUACUAUCUAUGCUAAAACAGUUCUUUAUAAAUGUAAAUACCCAGACAGCCGAGAUCAUAAUUUUGCGGCAGCAUCAGCAGUGGUCACGUUUGCCAACACGAUUCUUAUAUUUGUUGUAAACUACCUUGCUUACAGCUAUUACAAGGACAGAAAUGACGAGCUGCCUGCCUUAGCUAUCCUUUGUCUGGUUUUCUCAUGUAUGGCAUCAAUUUCCGGUUCCAGUACGCUAGCUACUGGUGCUGCAUAUAGCAAACAUCAGAUUAACAGAAGUGUACCAGUAGAUAACCCGGAGGAUUGCAAAGUCUUCAGCAGUGGUUACUUUAUAGCGGGUGCCCUUUUGGCGCUUAAGGCUUGUGCAUUCGGAAUCAUGUCUUAUAACAGUUUGAUGAACAACGCUGAAAAUGCCCAGCAGCUAAGCACUAAGCAGACUGUGGAAAUGGGUAAGACAACGCUGGAGCAACCAGAUAUAAAUGACAGUGUCGUUGCCGCAUAAGAUAAUUGACACUUUGCUUGCGAAACUAUUCCUAAUUUGCUAGACAAUGGUAUUGUAAACUCUAUUUGAACAACUAUGUAGUAUGUAGCUAACGAGCCUAGUCGAACUGGUACCGCUGCCAAGACAUGAAACUCUAAACGUUGUAAGCAAAAUUUGAUUUGUACUUUGUUAGCUAUUGCAACUUUUGUUAUGCUAAGCUUUUUAUCAGGACCGCACCUUUGAA